AUGAAUAUUUAUUCUUCCAGUCAAUAAGAUUAAAUCGCAUCUCCUGACAAUCUAAGUUAAAUAAGUUGGAAUAAGGUUCAUUAGAGUAGUGAAUAGAUUUUGGAAAGGUAUAUAAAUUAAGUUUAUGAAAUAAAGGUCAAAAAAAAUACAUAAAAGAUAACCUUAAGAUGUAUAAUAGAAAUGGUUCUCAAUUUAGAAAAUAUCAAGUUGCAAAUUAGAUAUUUCUGAAUAGAACGAUAUAGAUUUAAGAGAUUAGAAUAUUUAUGAAUUUGAUUAUCUAAAAUUAGAUUAAGAUCUGUUAUCCAAAAAAUAUCCCAUUAUUGUAAAUAUACCUAUAUAUAUAUAGAUUGAAGAUUUAAAGUCAAAAAAAAAAUACCAAAUUAAGCCUAUUUCAAUAAAAUCUGACAUAAUUGAAGUAUACAUUUUGGUGCUAAUUAUUUAGAAAUUAUUUUCAUUAAAUAAUAAAUUUAUACUUACCCCUGAUAACAUUUUCACCUAUUCAGCUUAGACCCAAAAAAUUGAUGAUUUGGCUAAAGAAAUAAGUAUUUAAUUUUACUUUUAUAUUAGAAAUCCUUCACAUUUCAUUCUAAUUACUAGUGUAUAAAUAUUGUAAUAAAACAAUUCUCCAUUUCUUAAAUGAAUUGACGAACAAGCAAAUUUAAACAAUAUUCUUAGAUCUAAUUUAAGGAUUGAUUUCUGCUCAAAAUCAUUAAUUAGUCUUAAAAUAAAUUACUUUAGAUUCUAUUUUAUACUUUGAAGAUACUAAAUCUUUUAAAUUGAUUGAUUAUACUGAUGCUACAAUUGGAAAUAAUAGAAUUAAUUAUUAAGAUUUAGGAUUUUGUUUAGCUUAAAUCUUAUAGAUCAAAAAUUCUUAAUUAAGUAUAAAGAAUAAUAAUUAAUCUAUUAUUGAAUGGUUAAAAACAAAUAAUGAAGAUCAUCUUUCUUAAGUUGCAUUGUAUUUGAUUUUGAAUGAAAAACCAAUCGAAGAAAUCAUGACUUUAUUGAAAUAGAUUGAUACUUGA